CGUUUAUUUUUUCUUUGUAGACAUUGGAUCUGCUAUUCGCCCACUUGCAGAAUAAAAUGUUGCAUCUCAAGCACCAUUGCAAGCGUUCUUUUAGAAUAUUACAUUCCUCUUUUCUGACUGGAAUCAAUAAACCAGACUGCAUUGUUUGGAACCACAUUUUUGAUACUCAUCUGGUGACACCAGAUAAUAAGAAAGCUGAAUGGACAGACCCAACAGCACACCUAAGUAUAUGGACAGAAAAAGAUGUCGAAUACUAUUUCAACACUGCUGUUGGUGAUUACAACGACAUACCAGGGUGGGGAGAUGUCAACUACGUGAUUACCUGCAUCAACAUAAAAGAACACUGGUUGGCUAUUGCAGCUGAUAUGAGAAAAUGCAGGAUCUACGUGUUCGACUCAAUGCCAAAUUAUGUUGAGCAGAAACUUGUUGAUGAAGCUCUUCAAAUGCCUGCACGAUGCAUUGCCUCACUCGCGAUUGCAAUUGGAGUCAACCUCCAUUCAGAUCGUUUCACAUAUGGCCCUUGGCCAAUACGCAGAUCGAAGGCCACAUUACAGAAAGGGCGUUCAUUGGAUUGUGGAAUUUUCUGUACCAAAUUUGUUGAAUGCCUUGUAACUGCUAGUGACCUUGGUUGUCUAACUGUGCCAAACAUGAAACUGUUUAGACAACAAUAUGUGCUGGAACUUUGGGCCAAUAAAUACUUUUGUUAAUAUUUGUAUUCGUUUAUAUAAUUUUUUUAUGUAAUUUUUAUAGAGAGAAUAA